CAAUUGAUUACUCAUUAAUAUUUCUAUCAAGAAGUUCCAUUAUCAAUUCGUGAAUGGACCAUGAUGCUUGUUAACUACAACCUUUGACUUAACUUAACUUGUUGUGUUACUACUCAUUCAUUCAUCAAUGGAGAGGCAGAGAAGUUUCUCCUUCAAACCCACCAGGCUUAUGCUCUUCUCAUUCACCAUCUUCUCUUCUUUCCUCUUCCUUUCCACCUUCACAAUCUGGCUUUCCAAGUCCACUUCUUCACUUCACCACCACCACCACACUCCCCUUCACUUCAACUCUUCUUCUUCUUCUGAUGGUGACACAGUUGGUGAUAAUUUUCAGUCCUUGACUGGCUUCACCCAAAACUUCACUGUAACUGCUGUCAGAAUCCCAACUCUGAUUGAUAACCGUCUUGCUAGGACCCAGAAGAGCCUCUCCGGAUUCAAAUCUGAAGCUUCAGGCCACCAUGCUGAUGCUGCUACUGCUGCUGCUAAUGCAACUCUGAAUUUCACCUCAAUGCAAGAUUCUGGAACUUCACCUGGAGAGAGAUUCAGCGAAGAACAGAAGAAAGUAGAAGCAGCUAGUUUGUUUGAGAAAACCCAGGUUCCAGUUUUGAAUAAGGCUGAGAAGGAGACAGUGAAAGGGUGUGAUUUAGCAAAUGGGUAUUGGGUCUUUGAUGAAAGCUAUCCUCUUUAUGCUAGAGAUUCAUGCCCUUUCAUAGAUGAGGGGUUUGACUGUGAGGGAAAUGGAAGAUUGGAUAGAAACUACUCUAAGUGGAGAUGGCAGCCCAGAGAAUGUGACCUUCCAAGGUUCAAUGCAACAAAAAUGUUGGAAAUGAUAAGAGGGAAAAGGCUAGUUUUUGUGGGUGAUUCGAUUAAUAGGAACCAAUGGGAGUCAAUGCUGUGCAUGUUAUUUGGUGCUGUUAAAGAUCCAAAGAGAGUGUAUGAGGCGCGUGGACGAAAAAUUACUAAGGAGAAGGGGAAUUAUAGUUUCAGGUUUCUGGAUUAUCAAUGCACAGUUGAAUACUAUGUCAGUCAUUUCUUAGUUCAUGAAAGCAAGGCAAGAGUAGGGCAGAAACGAAGACCGACGUUGCGAAUUGAUGCCAUUGAUCACGGUUCAUCAAGAUGGAGAGGAGCUGAUAUUUUGGUUUUCAAUACUGCACAUUGGUGGUCACAUCACAAAACCCAAGCUGGGGUUUAUUACUAUCAAGAAGGAAAUCUUGUUCAUCCCCGGCUAAACGUUUCAACAGCUAUGCGGAAAGCUUUGACGACUUGGGCUUCAUGGGUGGACAAACGCAUAAAUCCUAGAAAAACCCAAGUUUUCUUUCGAAGUUCUGCACCAUCUCAUUUCAGGGGAGGUAAUUGGAAUUCAGGAGGACAUUGUACUGAGGCCACUCAUCCUCUUAAUGAAACCUUAAGCAGCACUUACCCUGAGAAGAAUAUAAUCAUUGAGGAGAUAGUAAAGCAGAUGAAAACUCCUGUGACAUUGUUGAAUAUAACUAAUUUGUCAGAAUAUAGGAUAGAUGGUCACCCAUCCAUUUAUGGGAGAAAAACUCAAUCCUCAAAGAUUCAAGAUUGUAGUCAUUGGUGUCUUCCAGGGGUGCCAGAUACAUGGAAUGAGCUGUUAUAUUCUCAUUUACAAAGUAGAUGAGAUUGAACUGCUCAAAUUGAUGUGCACUACAUUUGUCUGCAACAUGUAUACACAUGGGUUUUGAAAUCUUCCUCUCCUUACUGUAUUUAACUUAAUUUGUUGUACUUCAAUUCUUUUUACCAUAAUGCAAUUGCAGUUAUUCCAA